AUGAUCACAGACAUGAUCGAGAAGAUACAGUCGAAGCUUAGCGAAGAAACAGAUCAUAAGUUCCAUCUUGUCAGAAAUAUAAAAGCUCAUCUUUUACCUAUCACCAACGUCGCCUUCAACAAGUUAGCGUCCAAGUUCGCCACUGCCUCUUACGACCGGACAUGCAAAAUUUGGGACACUGAAACCGGCAAUCAGCUUCAUUCAUUAGAGGGCCAUGAUAACGUUGUUUAUACAGUCGCAUUUAAUCUGCCAUUUGGGGAUAGGAUAGCGACGGGGUCGUUCGAUAAAAGCAUAAAAAUUUGGUCGACAGAAGACGGACGAUGCUUACAGACUCUUACAGGGCACGGAGGAGAGGUGGUCACGCUUCAAUUUUCGCCGAAAGGUAAUUUCCUUGCUUCUGGAUCCAUGGACACUACCGCUAGAAUUUGGGAUAUCGAGACGGGCCAAGAAAUCGCAAAAAUGGACGAUCACUGCGGCGAAAUCAUUUCAAUAUGCUUCAACUUUCAAGGAACACAAAUUCUAACGUGCAGCUUUGAUCAGACGCUAGGAGUUUGGUCGGCAAACAACGCGAGUCUGGGCAAGCGACAGCUCAAGUUGAUAGGACACACGGCGGAAGUGUCUGCCGGCAAGUUUAACUUCAAAGGCGAUUUGAUUCUCUCCGGCAGUAUGGAUGGGACGAUGCGUUUAUGGCAUUCAAUUUCCGGAAGUAUUCUAGCAGUCUUUCAAGACUUUGAAGAUGAGGUACUCGAUGUAGCCUUUAAUUUGGCAGGAACACUCGCUGCUGGAUGCACUGUCAAUGGAAAAAUACGCUGCUUUGAUGUCUGUACUAAGCGAGAAACUGGCAAUUUCGACGAUCACCCUGAAGACGAAAUUUCAAGAAUCGUCUUUAGCCCCAGUGGUAAUCGUUUGCUGACUGCAUCUGUUGAUAAUAACGCCAGAAUUUGGUGCGCCAAGACCGGGCGGCUUAUUCAAACUUUGGAAGGACACACACAAGAAAUUUUCAGCACCACCUUUUCGUACGACGGCAAAACUAUCAUCACCGCCAGUAAAGACAACACUUGCCGCAUUUGGAGAUAA